CAACUGUUUUUACAAAAAUGGGAGGUGGACCAUCAAAAGAAGAACUUGAAAGUCAGGAAACUGAGGAGGUACAAAAAGAGUAUGCAGAGAAGGAGAAAAUUAGGGCCGAAGAGCUCAGAAUAAGAGAAGAAAACAUCCAAAUGGAAAAGGAGAAGUUAGCAGAGGAGACUAGGAAAUCCCUAGUGAAGGAAAAGCACCAGCAAAUACUGGAACUGCAGAAGCUAGAACAUCAAAAGUUGAAAGAGGAAAUUGAGAAAAAUCAAAGUUUGGAGGAAAGUAAGCGGGAGUUUGAAAUCCGAAAGUUGAGAGAGGAAGCAGAUUCAGAAUUGAAACAAUUGCAGCUGAAACAAGACACGGAGUUAGAGUUUAACAAAAGGGAAGAAGAGAGACAGAAAGAAAUUGAAAAGAAUAGGAAUCAAACUGAGUUGAAAAGAAUUGAGUUAGAAGGCAAGAUCAAGAAACUUGAGAUAGAUACUCGUAAAAAAACAGAGAUAGUAAAGGAGAAAAUUAUCAAAGAUUGUGAAAUAGAAAAGAAAAAACUUGAGGAAGAAACAAAAAGGAAAAAACAAGAGCAGGAAAUUGAACUCGAAAAGGAAUUAGAGUCAAUGAAGAUGGAUAUAGAACUGAAAAAAUACACAAUGGAGAAUGAAUGCAAGAUGGAUGAACAGGACAAGCGGGCAAAACUUAAAACUGAAAUGGGACAUGCUAAAAUCGAUGCUGAGAAAAAGAUCAAAAGCCUUGAGAUUGAAGGAAGAUCAGCUGAAUCAAAGCACACAACGAUAAGGAUUGCACUCAUUAUAUUUGCUGUUUUCAUUGUUGCUGUAACAUACCUGGGCUAUGCUUACAUCUUAACUGAAGGAGAAGUUCGGAUGAGUGAGAUAAGAGGCAGGCUUGCUAUAGAGCAGAAUCACCAAAAUCAUCUGCUAGAAGGGGAGUGGAGGAUUUUUUGAUGAGGAUGAGGUCUUCAUAGAAACUGUUCCAGAGGAUGUAUCCGACACUUAAUUUUAAACAGAGUUUUAAGUUAUCUGCAUUUAAUUUCAAUAAUUUCUAUUAAACAUUGAUUCAAAAUUUUUAAUGAUUGAAUAACAUUAAAAACAUAAAAUGUGA